AUGGGUUUGGAAGAAACUCUCCGCCUUCUAGAUCUCGUUUUUGAAAACUGUAAAAUUCGCAAUGUCCGUUUCGACUAUUAUUGGUUAGAUGAAGUAACGAAUUUGAUCGAAAAAUAUGAAUUAAACCUCGAAACGGUUUAUAUUGACAACGAUAGUGAAAAUAUCGAAAUCGGAAUCGGAAAUGCAGUCUUUUCAAACAUUUCGGAGUUAGUGGUUCAAGUAUUACAGAAUCUUAAUGAUGAAUUAUUAAAAGUUGAAGAAUAUACAAAUGGCCUUAUCUAUAAUGCGGCUCAUAGAUAUGUUCAAGAUAUAGAUAAUAUUUUUUCAUCUUUUAGCUUUAAUAGAUAUUCUACAAGAUCUUCAUCUAGUAGAGAAUCUUCCACAAGUUUAUCUAGUAGAGAAUCCUCACCUGUAAUUCUUAAAAAAACCUAUACAUCUGAUCAAAAUUUAUGUCAAUUGGUGCAACAGAAAGGGUCAAUCAAUCUUGUUUCAACUUUACUGUCUUUGACUGAUAUUGUAUCUACAUUAUCGUCUUUGAAUUCAGAUCAAAAAGAUAAAAAUCUACCUUUAAACACAAACAUCUCAAAUGAUAACUUAUCGAUUAAACCUUCUUUAUUUUGGUAUAACCAAAAGAAGAAUACUGGUGCAUUGAAGAUAGAAAAUAAUGCACUACAAUCCGAAGUUAUAAAUUUGAAAGAAGCAAAUACCAUUUAUAAUAAAAGAAAAAAAAUCUCUGAAUCACAAGAAAAUGAAUUAAAAGACAAAAUCAAAGCUCUGAGUGACACAAUAAAAGAAUAUAAGGUCACUAUUAAAGACCUCAAAAAUCUUGAAAUAGAACUAAGAAAUAAUAAAAUUGAACAUAAAGAAAAACUUAGAGAACUCAUAACCAAAAUCUAUUUAUUAAAGAACAAAAAUGAAGAAGUAAAAAACAAAAGAAAGCAAUUAGAAAAUAAAAUAGAAGAUUUAGAAGCAAAGAAAUAUAACAAAAUUGUCAGUAAAGCAAAAGGAGGAUAUA